UGGAGAGGUCCUGUUUCUCUGCUGAUACCACACUUUUCACUCCAGCGAACGUUCAUCAACUCCUCUUUUCCAAUGCAUACACGUAGACGAUAAACGCGGCCCGUCGACUUCGCGGAAUACUUGACUUUAUAGCGGACGGACCCAGAAUGGAAUGUUUCCCAUGAUUUGUUUCGUCUGAAGGAUUUAUGCGGUUUUAGGGUUAAAGAGAAAAAGGGGACACGUUGACGAAAGACGCCUAUGAGGCUCCGAAAGUGAAGAGAACAAACAUAAAAGCCAAAAGAUGGACCUGAAGCUGCUUUUCAUAUCAACAUUUUUAGGAUUCCUUUGUUGCAGCAGUGCCCAGCAAGAGGGCAAUGAGUGCAUCAAAGCCAAUGCUUUAUCAUGUGGUGAGUGCAUACAAGUCGGGGCUAAAUGUGGAUGGUGCACUGAUCAAGAGUUCCUAAAACAGGGCGAACCGACAUCAGCCCGCUGUGAUGAGCUGGAGUCCCUCAGGAAGAGAGGUUGUGAAGACGCCAAGAUCGAGAACCCUCGUGGGAACCAACGCAUCCUUAAGAACAAGGCAGUGACCAACCGCAAGAAAGGCGCAGAGAAACUCCGACCCGAAGAUAUCACACAGAUCCAGCCACAGAAACUCAGCCUCAACCUUAGAUCUGGGGAGCCUCAGAACAUUAAACUGAAAUUCAAGAGGGCUGAAGACUAUCCCAUAGACCUGUACUACCUUAUGGACCUGUCCUUCUCCAUGAAGGAUGACCUGGAGAACGUCAAAAACCUUGGGACUAGUUUGAUGUUGGAGAUGUCCAAGAUCACUUCAGAUUUCAGAAUUGGUUUUGGCUCUUUUGUGGAGAAAACUGUUAUGCCGUAUAUCAGCACCACACCAGCAAAGCUUCUGAACCCCUGCACAGGGGACCAAAACUGCACCAGCCCCUUCAGCUACAAAAAUGUGCUAAAACUCACCAGCAACGGGCAGCAGUUCAACACUCUGGUCGGUCAGCAGCAGAUAUCGGGAAACCUCGACUCACCUGAGGGGGGAUUUGAUGCCAUCAUGCAGGUGGCUGUCUGUGGGGACCACAUUGGCUGGAGAAACGUCACCCGUUUGUUGGUGUUCUCCACUGACGCAGGUUUCCAUUUUGCUGGAGAUGGCAAACUUGGUGGAAUCGUGCUUCCCAAUGAUGGGAAAUGCCACCUGGAAAACAACAUGUACACAAUGAGCCAUUAUUACGAUUACCCCUCCAUCGCCCAUCUGGUUCAGAAACUGAGUGAAAACAACAUUCAGACCAUUUUUGCAGUCACAGAGGAGUUUCAGCCUGUUUACAAAGAACUUAAAAACCUCAUUCCAAAAUCUGCAGUGGGCACACUGUCAGCAAACUCCAGCAAUGUUAUCAAUCUUAUUAUUGAUGCUUACAAUUCUCUAUCCUCAGAGGUCAUUCUUGAAAACAGUAAGCUUCCUGAGGGAGUGACCAUCACCUAUCAGUCACAUUGUAAAAACGGAAUAGUGAAUGAUGGAGAAAAUGGAAGAAAAUGCUCCAACAUCUCUAUCGGAGACGAGGUAUCCUUCAACAUUAAUAUCACAGCUCAGAGCUGUCCCAAACAAGGCAAGUCUGAAACCAUUAAGAUCAAGCCACUGGGCUUUACAGAGGAAGUGGAGAUCACGCUCAGCUUCAUCUGUGAGUGUGAAUGCCACAAGCAUGGCGUCAAGAACAGUGACAAAUGCCAUAAUGGCAAUGGAACAUUUGAGUGUGGAGCCUGCAGGUGCAAUAAGGGACGUGUUGGCAGACAGUGUGAAUGUCGAAAAGACGAGGUGUCCACCGAAGACCUGGACAAGAACUGCCGCAAGGACAACGGCACGGACAUCUGCAGCAAUAACGGCGAGUGUGUGUGCGGGACCUGCGAGUGCAAGAAGAGGGACAAUCCCGAAGAACGCUACAGCGGCAAGUUCUGCGAUUGCGACAACUUUAACUGCGACCGCUCCAACAACAAACUCUGCGGAGGACACGGCCACUGUGAGUGUAGGGUGUGUAUCUGUGAUGCUAACUACACUGGAAGUGCGUGUGACUGCUCUCUGGACACCUCCACCUGCUUAGCCUCCAACAAACAGAUCUGUAAUGGCAGAGGGAUUUGUGAGUGUGGCACCUGCAGGUGUACGGAUCCCAAAUUCCAGGGACCCACCUGUGAGAUCUGCCCCACCUGCCCUGGAGUCUGUACUGAGCACAAGGAGUGUGUGCAGUGCCGGGCGUUUGGCACAGGAGAGAAGAAGGACACUUGUGAGAGGGACUGUAGCUACUUUAACCUCAUCAAGGUGAAGCACAGAGAUAAACUCCCUCAGCCUGUGCAGGCUUUCCCCCUCAUGCACUGUAAGGAGAGAGACACCAACGACUGCUGGUUCUAUUACACCUACGCCGUCAACAACAACACCGAGAAGGAAGUCCAUGUGGUGGAAUCUUUAGAGUGCCCAGCGGGUCCUGACAUCAUCCCCAUUGUGGCGGGUGUGGUCGCAGGCAUCGUUCUGAUUGGUUUAGCUCUGCUACUGAUCUGGAAGCUGCUUAUGAUCAUUCACGACCGACGCGAGUUCGCCAAGUUUGAGAAAGAGAAGAUGAAUGCCAAGUGGGACACGGGAGAGAAUCCAAUCUACAAGAGUGCUGUCACAACUGUGAUCAACCCUAAAUAUGAAGGCAAAUAAUGGACAUCCAUAUCACACGCAGAAAUGGAUGCGGGGUUAUCCUGAUGUUUCUUUUUAAAUGUUUAUUUUCCGAUUUCAUUCUUUUAGAAACAGUAUUGUAGCACUGUUUUAGGAAGCAGUAUUUUAUGAAGGACUGACUGCCUCUCGUCCCAUGCUAAACAUGUACAAUUUGUAUAGUCUUUUUAUUUACAUCUGUAUCUCUUCUUUUAAACAGCUGUGUACAUUCUUUGAUAACUUUUCACACAGAACAGAUAUUUGUGCCUUUUCACAAGUGUUAAAGCAUUUCAGUUUAUGUUUCUGUGCAAAUGGAUCCACAAAUCCCCUAAAAUAUGGCAAAAAAAAAGAAGAAGAAAAAAAGAAAAGAAAUCAUCAGAUGCCAUUUUUAAAAUCAUAUUUACUUUAGUUGUUGUUGUUCAGUAACUGCAUUAAUCCAAGAGUGCUAUUAAUCAUAUAAGUUAACUAGGAAAGUUUGGCAUUUUAUGAUGAUAAUCUAUCCAUUUUUUUAUUUUUAUUUUUUUUACUUUUAUAGACACCCUUGCAUUUCAUGCCAAAAAUGUCUGUAAGAUGAUGCAAAACACACGAGGUUAUUUCUCACUUAUUUUUGCUCUUAGAAAAUCAUAAUGGCACAUGUCUUGUGGUCAAAAUUUUGAGCUGAAAAUGUCUGUCCGUUAUAUAUGUUAUGAAAGGGUUAUGUGUUUAAUUAUUAUAUGGCUCAAUGUAUUCAGGUGAUGUCCUGAAGUAUGUAGUCAAGCAGUAUAGAAAGCCAAAUGCCCUAAAAUUGCUCAUUAGUCAUGAGUACAAUUAUGGAUAACUAUAAAUGAAGUUUCAAAUCUUGUCUCUGUAUGUAUAAUUAAAAACAUGCAAAAUAUUAGUUGUAACCAUUCACAGAUGUUAGAGAUGCUAUAAGCUAAAAAAAAAAAAAAAAAAAAACGUUUUCAAUUGUUUAGAAAUUAAUUUAUCUGGUGAAAAUGAAGAAUUAGGGAGUAGUUUUGUGUGCAGUUGAUAUGCUCAAGGUACAAGAACCCUGUUUUUAAUCUAUUUUAUUGGGAUGUAACAAAAUAUACAUGAAUUUUGAAAAAAAUAAACAAAAUAACAAACAUUACAAAGAAAUGACAAAAGUGGACAGCCAGCCAAAACACCCCAUGUGUUAGUUAGUGGUUUGGUUUAAAGUGCCUUUUUCUGGUAUUUUCAGUAUUGCCAUUUUUGAAUUUAUUUAUUAAAACAAAAUAAAAAAGA